GACAGUUGAGAAACUGUUAAUGAAACGUAACGGUAUACGCGACGUCAAAUGCGCGCUGUGUCAGGAUCGGAAAACAAGUCUAAGCACGACCAGCAGGACACUUGGAGGCAAUAAAGUUCGGGGAUUAAUAACAAAUAAAUCUCAAGCUUUUAACGGCCGAUUAAACAAUUCAUAGUGACAUAUUUUAAGCAAAGAGAAGCCAUGGACGACGUAGAAACGUACAGCAGUCGGAGCAAGAAACGAAGAAGUCGCUUUUUAAAAUUUGGUCUCGCUGCAGUUAUUUUUGUAGUCAUACUUGCUAUCAUUCUAGGAGUAGUGCUCAGUACCACAGCCAGAAACCCAUCGGGUGAGAAAUUAAAAUCAACUGUCAUUACGAGAUGUGAAAAGUUUGUAGAGAGCACCAACAUAUCAAGGGAUUGCCAAAAGUUAUGGAACCUGUUUGAGCAGGCCUAUGUCGGCAGGGAUCCAUGUGCAGUGCCUCCGGAGGCUUACAACCCUCUUAUGGCAGGCAUGCACCCUGACCCCUCAUGCAACAGAAUGUUGUUCUGGAGCAAAACCAAGGAUCUGGUCCAUGAUUUCACAGAGAAGAGAGAUUGUUAUCAGACUCUGGAGGACACCCUGCUUGGUUCUGUCAUGGAUGGGUUGACUUGGUGUGGCAAGGAGGGCACUCGUGAAACGUUCACCACGGACUGUCCAGGCUGGACGGAUUGUGACAACAACCCAGUCCGCUUGUUCUGGAACCGGGCCUCGGCUGGGUUUGCAGAUGCUGCGUGUGGUGAUGUGACAGCAAUGCUUAAUGGUUCCAUAGCCACUCCCUUCAGCCCCGCUAGUAUUUUUGCCAGUAUCGAGGUCAAGCAGUUCAAUUCAACCAGAAUGAACGGACUGAAUGUUGUACUGGUCACCAAUAAGAACGAUAUCACAACCUGUGAGAAUCCCUCUCUAAAGGUCCUACAGAAAGAAUUGGACCCAAAACUGAAGUACAGUUGUAAGGAGGUUACUCAGUCUAACAUCCAGGAGUGCAUGUUGAGACCAGACCCAGCCUGUGGUGCCUGUUGGUAACACUCUGCACUGUCCUGUCACUGGAUCAGCCUUCAGUGCUGCAUGUAAAACUGCCUCUUUGGUGGUGAAACAUGCGUGGAGAACUACAUCUGUCUAACAAUGCUAUGGUAUGUUCUGGAUAAGACGCUCUGGAUAAGAGCGUGUGCUAAAAAAAUGACUAAAUGUAUGUGUAUAUAUUUUAUUUGGGAGGGGAUAACCUAUGGGAAAUAUAAGGUUAUUGUGGAAGAAAGUUCUGUCCAUCUCCACUAGAAUGUUGUGACCAUCAGUUUAGGUAUUAGGUUUAUAAGUCUAGACAACCAGCUGAUUGGAGAGAGUUUAACAGACACCUCAACAUCAAAAAUGACCAGUUCAGACACAGUGGUACUAGUCUCUCUGAGGCAUGCAUGUCAGCGGAUGGUGUUUAUAGUUUAUAUUGCUUCAACUACAAUUACCUUUUCAAUCUUUGUUUGAACAAAAUCAUUAAACCAUGAAUUUGGCUCUUACAGUAAUGGUUUUGUUUAUUUGUAAAUGAAGCAUUUUUGCUUUCCAUAUUGAUGUAAUGGACCUACUGAGAUCUGUUUUGCUUGCUUGCUUUUUUACUGUUGAAUGUUGGCUAUGAAUGUCAGUUUGUGAUCAAAACCGUGUAAAUAUUUUGUUGUAAAAGGGUGUUAAUUGAAAUAAAUGUUAUAAAAUACCUGA